CGCACAGCCAGUUUAGCGCGUUUUAGUUUAAAUCUGGGUUACAGAUUUUCAAGUUGUCUACAUCGGAUGAGAAUGGAUUGUGCAGGUUCUGUAACAGUUUCGUAAACGUGUCCGAGCUAAUCAUGGCAGAAAACCACGUUUCGGGGAUGGAGACUUGCGCUGUUUCUGUUCUGAAGCGGGCGGUGGAGCUGGACCACAGCUCUCGAUUCCAGGAGUCUCUGGUCUGUUACCAGGAGGGCAUCCAGUUACUACUGGAUGUAUUGAAAGCUGUAAAAGAUGACUCGAAGAAGGUGCACUACAGGCAGAAGAUAAAGGGCUACAUGGAUAGAGCUGAGCAGAUCAAAGUCCAUAUCAACCAGAUGAAAGAAGAUGGAAAAUACCAUGAGCAGAUGCGAAUAGCAGAGGGUGCCACUGGUUACAGCUAUGAGGUCCUAUUCAAGCCUUACAUUAGCAGUGCACUCACAGAGGUUUGGGUGGAAGACCCUUACAUACGUCACAUCCACCAGCUGUAUAAUUUCCUGCGGUUCUGUGAGAUUCUCCUGAAAGCCCCCUGCAAGGUGACAAGGAUCCACUUGCUCACUUCGCUGGAUGAAGCAGCCAGUACCCAACAAAUCAGUGCACUGGAGGAGAUGAAACAAAGUCUGCAGGCUCAGGGAGUGUCUCUGGACCUACAGUACUCCUCCACCAUCCAUGACAGGGAGAUCAGAUUUGAUAACGGUUGGAUCAUCAAGAUUGGAAGAGGGCUUGAUUAUUUCAAGAAACCCAAGGGCCGCUUCUCCAUUGGAUAUUGUGACUAUGACCUGAGACAAUGCCACGAGACCACAGUAGACAUUUUUCACACUAAACACACAAAGUCACUAUGAAAUCUAAUGAAUCCUCAUUUUCUGUCUUAAUCGCAGGACUCCCUAUAAACGCCACCUUACUCUCCCAUUUGUGCUUUUUAUUCUUAGUGCCUUGACAAUGUACCGAUUUUCCAAUAUGAUAACUACUUACAUUUACAGUAAAUGUUGGGGGGAAUUUUUAAUAAAGUAUGACUUUUUAAAUAUACAUUUGACCAAUAUCAUGAGCAGAUGUUUAUUAGAAUUAUUCAUGAUGUACAUUCUGACAUUCUCUGAAUUUGUUGCUUAGUUUUUAUUAUCAUUAUUAUUAUUUUUAUUAUUGUAAAACUGCAGUCAGGAUUCUCACUAGAAAGCACUGGAAGCCAUAUGUCGCCCUCUUGUGGCAAUAAAGUUUUUUACGUGACCAUUAAACCUGUCCUAAAUGUUUUGCUAUGGCUUGUCAAUGUUUUUUAUUUAUUUUAACAAUUUGUCACAUCGAUUUAAUCUGUUGUCCUUUACUUUACGUUUUAUUCAGGAUUAUGCAGGUCGAAUGAAGUUAUUUAUUACAAAAAAGACCCACUGGACCAGGUUUGAAAUUUGGCCUGGAUGUCUUCCACCGUCUAUAUGAUCAGGAUAUCUACACAACAGUAUGUCAGGGGAAGUUAUCCUUUUAUUUCUUUUGCAGACUGGUGGGUUGUUGUUUUGAGUCAUCCAACAGUAUUAAACGUUAUUCCAAGUUGUAUAAAGUUUUUGUGUCUAAUGUCACAGUGAAAAUUACCCCUUCCCUUAUUUAUGUCAACUGAUCAACUAACCCUGUUUUGUUAUUGUAAUUGUAAUUUAAAUUCUGAAAAUCUGUUACUUGCUUACUUCAUGAUGUACUAAACACA